GAGAAAGAUGGAAGAAUUCGAUAGCUUCAAAAUGUAACAAUAUGGAUAUUGAUAAAGAAAAAAUUAACAUUUAAACAAAGUAUACAGAUAAAAUUGAAUAGCAGAAUUCUCAGUCAUAAAUGAUUUUUUAUUAAUUUGUGGAUUAUUUUUAACGUGUUUCUUGAAUACAAUAAUGGACGAAAAAUCUUCAGAUAAUGCUAUUUCUACACAAAAAUCAUUACCAUCUUCUUAUGAUCCUGGUUGGAAUGAUACACCAAAAUGGGCAUCUCCACAUGCAGGAAAUACAAAUACACCUACAAAAAGAAUAUUAAAUAAAAGAGUUCCAUUUCCUUUAAUUUCUGGGGAAUUAACAAGGAACAAUACUGAAUGUCAAUCUAAUACUGCAGGCAUGCCAUUAUCACCUCCUCCUCCUCCUCUGCCUUCUCCUUUAAGUUUGAAGACAGCACCUCAUGCACCUUUAAUAACUCCUUCUGAUGCAAACACUCAAUUGACUUGUACAGUAACAAAAUUUGACAAACAACAAGCUUUAGUUGAUACUAUGGCAAAUUUAGAAUUUAUAAUUAAAAAAUAUGUGAUGGAAAAUAAAAUAGAUGAAGUGCAAAAAAGACUAGAUUUAAUGAAAUCUUGUUGGCUCGAUAAUAAAUUAAAUGAUUCUAUACAGCAGAAAAUAUUUGACAUUUCAAAGGCUUUAAAAGACGAAGAUGUUGAAAAAGCAGAUAAACUUCAUAUUGCAUUGAUGAUAGAUCACACCAGUCUGUGUAGUGCUUGGAUACCUAGUAUUAGGCACAUAAUUUCUGCUUUAAAGGAAAAAAAAUUACGCUCCGAUGAUAUAUAAAUAUAUAGAAUAUAAAUUUACCAGAAACUAGUUUGAAAAUUCAUUUAUUAAAAUACAGACACAUUUAUUUAAUGUGACACAUUACUUCUAGAUAUUUUUUCUUUUAUAUCUAUAUAAUUAGUUCAGUAUAUACAAAUAUUGGUAUAUAUAUUUAUUUUUAAAUAAAAUUUGUAUAUGGAAUGCAGCAUAUAGAUGUUGUUUGUUUUUUUCAGUCAUAAUAUGUUUCUGAUAUUAUAUCACACAAUUGAUAUCACGUAAUGUUUCACUAUAAAAAUUUGUUAUAAAUUUGUCUGAACUAAUUAAAAUUAUAAAAAUUAAAACACUUCUAACAUUAUUAUAUAUUUCAGUUCCACGAUAAUCACUAACACAGUUUUAUUGAUAAAUAUCAAUGAUUGUUGUUGGAUCAUACUUAAGCCUAUACACAUUGGAUAUAACUUAUCAAUUUAUGCUCACGUUUGAAGACUCAGCUAACACUCUGUUUAAUGAAAAAUAUUUGCAAAAUGCACUGUAUCAUUCAUAUAAUAAAUCUUACAACUCAUCAUUA